CCCGAUCCCCCUGACCCUUCCUCCAUCUUCGCGGCUCCCAUCUCUACAUUCACCCCGCAGCCUGCGGAUACCCCCUCGACAUCCCAGGUUCCUAUGCCGUCCAUUGCCGAGUCCACCCAUACGUCUCGUGCCGAUGCAGACGUUGAGGAACUCAUGCAGUUCACGGCUGACUUAGAGCCCGUCAUUCGCGACCUGAUUUGGGAGUACCGCGACGUCUUCCCCCCGUAUUUCUCAUACAGCUGGAUUCCCCCGAUGCGCGGUGUCGAGCAUUCCAUCCAGCUUGUGCCUGACUAUCGUGUUCACCAUCAGGCACCAUACCGACUCUCGAUUGCAGAGGCGACGAAACUCGAGCGUCAGCUUGAGGAGCUCCUUCGACUUGGUUUCAUUAAACCUAGUAACUCCCCUUGGGGUGCACCUGUCCUCUUUGCUCGCAAAGCGGACGGAACUCUCCGCCUCUGCAUCGAUUAUCGCGGCCUUAACCAUUACACGGUUAAGAACAGCUAUCCCAUGCCCCGCGCGGAUGAGCUGUUUGACCGUCUGGCAGGCAACCGCUUCUUCACGAAGAUCGAUCUUCGUAGCGGUUACCACCAGAUCCGCGUUGCCGCAGAGGACCAGCCGAAGACCGCCUUUCGGUCGCGCUUCGGCCACUACGAGUUCACGGUGAUGCCAUUCGGCCUCACCAAUGCACCCGCCACCUUCCAGGCGGCGAUGAACGACAUCUUCAGGGACAUCCUUGAAGAAUACGUUCUCGUAUACCUGGACGACAGCCUCGUCUACAGUCGUACCUUAGAAGAUCAUAUCAGACACCUCCGCGAUGUCCUACAGCGCUUACGCAAGCAUGGCUUCUAUGCCAAGCUCAGUAAGUGCCGCUCUGCCCAGCGCAAAGUGGACUUCCUAGGACACCAUGUGUCUGACCAGGGUCUCCAGAUGGACGACGCGCAGAUCACUGGUAUUGCAGAGUGGCCCGUCCCCACAUCUGCCAAGCAGCUUCGCAGCUUUCUAGGCCUCACCAGCUACUAUAGACGCCUUCGCCCCCUCAAGAAGGCGGUGACUUGUGCGCCGGUUCUUCGCCUUCCCGAUUUUGAUCGUCCCUUUAUCGUCACCACCGAUGCGUCAGAUAUUGCAGUAGGAGCUGUCCUUUCUCAGGUGUUUCCCUCUCCUCCAGAUUCACCUUACCCCCAUGUUCCUCCUUUUCCCCCCCCUCCUGCUGACACUGCUUUUCGACUGACGCCUAUCCUACCACCACUUCCCUCCACUGACAGUCCUCCCAUUACUUACUCCCCGACCAUCGCGGAGGAUGGGACGGUCGAGGCUCGUGCUGGGGAUUGCCCGAUCGCUUUCUACUCCCGUCAGCUACUACCUGCUGAGAUAAACUACACUGCCGAUGAAAGUGAGGUUCUCGCAGUAGUUUAUGCUACCCGGCAUUGGCGYCAUUAUCUGCACGGGGCGCCCUUCACGGUGCGCACGGACAACUCAGUUGUCCAGGCUUUCCUCACGAAGCCUAAGCUUUUCCCUCGACAGGCACGCUGGUGGCGUGACUUAUCCGAGUUCAGUUUCACCACUCAGCCCAUCAAGGGUGAAACGAACCGCGUCGCCGAUGCCUUGUCCCGCCGUCCUGAUCACAAUCAGGAACCCAUCCAUCUUGCUGCCGUCUCCAUCACCAGUGUUGAUCAGUCGGUGAUCGACGCGUAUCGCACUCAGUACCGCCACUGCCCCGAUUAUCUCGUCAUCCACGCGACACUGCGGAGUGGCAAGACCGUUCCUUCCUACUCCCUCGGGGAGAACGGCCUCGUGUACUGGCAUGGCAGAUCUGGUCAGCUAGAACCACGUAUCUACGUUCCCUCCACUGGACAGCUUCGCGUCCAGGCUGUAGCAGAGUUCCAUGACCAGGCAGUUGCCGGUCAUAUGGGUUUCCACAAGACGUUGGCUCGUGUUUGCCGCCUAUACGUCUGGCCGAAGUCCAAGGACUUUGUCAAAGCCUACAUCCAGGAGUGUCCUACCUGCCAGGAGGUGAACAGUGCGAACCACCUUCCGUAUGGGUUACUUCAGCCCCUACCCAUACCUGAAGGUUGUUGGCAGUGUAUCUCGAUGGAUUUCAUUGGUCCCCUCCGCCCACCCACUCAGCGCGGUCAUGAUGCUAUCUUGGUCGUUGUCGAUCGCUUCACGAAGCGUGCACGUUUUGUUCCAUUCGAGUACGUGCGUGUUGAGUCUGCGUUGGAGCUGCGCUGUCCCUUCCAGCUCCAUCUCCAUCUCCCCCAUCCUCAUCCCUUCGUCUUGAUCCUGACGGACUGACAUCCCGGCGGGUUCGUCACAGGUGGACUUAGCCAACUUCUGAGACGA